AUUGGAAGUAUAUAUAUACCAGACUCGCGUAUUCUUCGCAAAUCUUCACACUUUUUCUAUUUCCUCCCCAUUUCAGUUUUCUCCGCUUUCUCCCGAGCUCACAGUGACGGAAUCCGGAAAAUCAGGAAGCGACAAUCUCUCUCCUCGUCUCUGGAAGGAGUUCGUCUGCUUCAAAGCUUGAUGCUAUUUGUCAAUUCAUAAUCAUCCUCAUCAGGGUAAUCAGAGGGAAGUCUUUUGAACUCACCUGUGAUGGAAAAAAUGGCCGGCAGUGAUUACUCAUCCAUUUUCAAAGACCACGGAGUGUCUGGUAUCAUGGUUGGGGUUGUUGCUGCACUUGUACCUUUGUUAGUUUCAUUCAUACUUGUGGGGAAGAGAAAGGUAAAACAGAGAGGGGUUCCAGUAGAGGUUGGGGGUGAGGCAGGUGUAGCAAUGCGCAAUGCUAGAUCAGCCAAAUUGAUUGAAGUUCCUUGGGAAGGGGCCACAACUUUGGCUGCUCUAUUUGAGCAGUCUUGCAAGAAGCAUUCACAGCAACGAUUUCUUGGAACAAGAAAGCUAAUUAGUAGGGAGUUCAUCACUGCUAGUGAUGGGAGGAAGUUUGAGAAGCUACACCAAGGAGAAUAUCAGUGGGAGACUUAUGGGGAGGUGUUUGAUCAUGCUUGCAAUUUCGCCUCAGGACUGAUUAAAUUAGGUCAUGAUGUGAAUACUCAUGCAGCCAUUCUUUCUGAGUCACGAGCGGAGUGGUUAAUUGCCUUUCAGGGCUGCUUCCGGCAGAACAUUACUGUUGUCACUAUAUAUGCGUCCCUGGGCGAAGAUGCCCUGAUCCAUUCACUCAAUGAGACCCAAGUGUCAACACUGAUAUGCGAUUCCAAGCAAUUGAAAAAGUUGGCUGCAAUAAGUUCGAGUCUGACCCAUAUACAAAAUGUGAUUUACUUUGAAGAUGACGAAACUGGAGCCGAGUCCAACUUAUCGAGAAACACGAGCACGUGGACAGUUAAAUCUUUUUUGGAGGUGGAGGAACUGGGGAAAAGGAGUCCUGUUCAUCCAAGACUCCCUGUCAGUGAGGAUGUUGCUGUUGUCAUGUAUACGAGUGGUAGCACGGGUCUACCAAAGGGAGUUAUGAUUACCCAAGGAAACCUUGUAGCGACAUCAGCUGCUGUUAUGACAGUGAUUCCGAAACUAGGAAGAAAUGAUGUUUACUUGGCAUACUUGCCUCUGGCUCAUGUUCUUGAGUUGGCAGCUGAGUCUAUUAUGUUGUCCGCAGGUUGUGCCAUUGGUUAUGGUUCGGCACUGACAUUAACUGACACUUCUAACAAAAUCAAGAAGGGAACCAAAGGAGAUGCUUCUGAGUUAAAGCCCACCCUAAUGGUGGCAGUUCCAGCAAUUUUAGAUCGUGUGCGGGACGGUGUUUCAAUGAAGGUUGUGGAGAAGGGUGGUUUUGCAAAGAAACUUUUCAAUAUGGGAUAUAAGCGCUGCCUGGCAUCCAUAGAAGGAAGCUGGCUUGGUGCCUGGGGAGUAGAGAAAUUACUGUGGGAUGCCAUUGUUUUCAAAAAGAUACGUUCCAUACUUGGAGGAAACAUCCGGUUCAUUCUCUGUGGUGGAGCUCCUUUAUCUGGAGAUACACAGCGGUUUAUCAAUAUCUGCAUGGGGGCUCCUAUUGCUCAAGGAUAUGGCCUCACAGAAACAUGUGCGGGAGCUGCUUUUACUGAGUGGGAUGACAGUUCUGUUGGCCGUGUUGGUCCGCCACUUUGUUGUUGUUACAUUAAGCUUGUUUCAUGGGAAGAAGGUGGGUACACAACAUCGGACAAGCCUAUGCCUCGAGGAGAGGUUGUAGUUGGUGGAUUUAGUGUUACUGCCGGUUACUUUAACAAUGAUGCAAAAACAAAAGAGGUGUACAAGGUUGACGAGAGGGGCAUUCGCUGGUUUUAUACUGGUGACAUAGGACAGUUUCACGCUGAUGGAUGCCUCGAAAUUAUUGAUAGAAAGAAGGAUAUUGUUAAACUUCAACAUGGAGAGUAUAUCUCCCUCGGCAAGGUAGAGGCAGCACUGAUGACAAGCAACUACGUCGACAAUGUCAUGGUAUAUGCAGAUCCUUUCCACAACUAUUGUGUGGCUCUUGUUGUUCCCUCACGUCACAUCCUUGAGACGUGGGCCAAAGAGGCUGGGAUGACAUAUGGGGAUUUUCCUGAGUUGUGUGACAAGGUAGAAGCUGUCAAGGAGGUCCAGCAAUCCCUUCUGAAGGCGGCCAAAGCUGCAAAAUUGGACAAGUUUGAAAUCCCUGCAAAGAUUAAGUUGAUGUCGGAUCCAUGGACACCUGAGUCAGGAUUGGUUACUGGUGCUCUCAAAAUAAAGAGGGAACAAUUGAAGGCCAAGUUCAAAGAUGAGCUGCAACAGUUAUAUGUGUGAAACAUUUGAUUAAUCGUUCAUUAGUUUUCAUCUGCGGUGCUAACUGUCUCAAGUUCUGAUUCUCGGCAUUGUCUCGUUAUCCAACACAAUGAAGUUUUCUCAUCAAAGUAUUCCUCAUUGGAGGGUUAAACCUAAAUUUGGGUUGCUGUUUUUAAGAUUUUUGGUGUCUGUCUCAAUUGGGAAGAAUAGCAGAUGACAGGUCUCAGAAAUAUGCACUUGUACCAGGGAUCACUGGGGCCAUUCAUUUGUAGCUUCUGACAGGACAGGAUGUUGAAUUUCCAUGGUUUCGCAGUGGAUUUGGUCUGAAAUGAAA